AGGUCAGCCUGAGAAGCAUGCUCCCCAGAGGAGCCGAGGCCGGGGACUGGCAUCUGGACAUGCAGCUGGCCGGCAAGCUGGUGCUGUCUGCUGCCACGCUGCUCCUGGUGACCGCGGCCUACAGGCUGUACAGGUCGAGACCUGCCCCAGCCCCGCAGGGGGGUCGGGGGGCCAGGACCGAAGCCCAGGAGGAAGCAGAGGGCUCUGGGCAGCCUGCUGUUACGGGGACUUCUCCAGCGGCGCGGCAGAAGCAGCUGAAACGCCGGAGGGCCAGCAGGGGGGCUGGCACCCCACACAGCUGUGGCUGGGAGGACCCAGAAGGCCCCUGUGUCCUGGCCACCAGAGCCACUUCCAGAGACGAGCAGGCCCCCAGAAAAGGCUCUGGUGAGCAGCGGGGCGGGCAGCACGGGGACCCAGAGCUGGUGCCUCCUGCCUGCUGCGGCCAGGAAGCCGGAACGGCCAUUGGCGGUAAGCCCGGUCCUCCCCUCCGCUCCUGGCUAGGCUGCUCUGUCACUGGACCUGCUGUGGCAGUGGACGGUGACUGUGUGGGUGGUGAGCCAGCUCUGUGGCCGGAUGGUGGGACCCCUGUGCACCCAGCGUCAGGGCAGCUGGAAGGCCCGCCCGGCAAGGGCAGCAGUGACAUGAGCUGGGCCUUGGCCUGCGGGACGGGGGUCAGCGGGGAAGAGGCUGGGGCCCUCCAGGCAGCCUCCGACCUGGGCCUGGCCGUGCUCCAGCAGCAGGGGGCGGCGGACGCCUCCUACACCUUCUCGUCCCGCGCCCGGGUCCGCGUGCAGGAGAGCUUCGUGGGCGGCGCGGAGGGGCCCGGGCCCCGGCUGAAGGGCAGGGUCUACGACUACUACGUAGAGGCCGCCUCCCGGGCCGUCUCCCGGCCGGCCCCCCGGACCGCGGCUCUGGCUGAGGCUGCGUCCCCCGAGCCGGUGCCAGGGCCCCUGGGGACAGGAACAGCGUCUGGAGGCCAGGCUGGCCACCCAGAGGGCGGCGCGGAGACGGCAGCCCCUCCUGGGCCAGCGCCGCCCCCGUCUGACCACGGCUCCCGCAGGAAGGAGAGCCUCUCGCAGAUCGCGGAGAACCCGGCGCUCCAGCUGCAGCUCGAGGGCUUUGGGGCCCCCACUCCCGACCCCCUGGACCAGGGGUCCCUGCCCCCCUCCCCCGGGGGCCGAGGGGAACGCGUGGCCGGGACCCGUGUCGUCCGCAUCCCACGGGGCCCCGCCGCGGCCCCGGACAUCCACCUGGAUCUGGGCAACUGCUACGAGGUGCUGACCCUGGCCAAGCGGCGGGGCCUGGAGGGCCUGCAGGAGGCGGCCUACAGGGCGAUGAGCGACAACUACCUCCAGGUGCUGCGCAGCCCCCACAUCUACGGGCGCCUGAGCGGUGCCGAGCGGGAGCUGAUCCUCCAGCGGCGGCUCCAGGGCCACAGGUGCCUGGUGGUGGCUGACGUGUGCCCGCAGGAGGGCGGGGGUCGCCUCUGUUGCUAUGACGAUGCCCAAGACACCUGGCGCCCCCUGGCCCAGCUGCCCCCCGAGGCUGUGUCCUGGGGGUGCGCCGCCUGCACGCUCUUCAAUUACCUCUUCGUGGUGGCGGGCUGCCAGGGGCACCAGCCCUCCAGUCGCGUCUUCUGCUACAACCCACUGACGGGGAUCUGGAGCGAGGUGUGCCCGCUGAGCCAGGCCCGGCCGCACUGCCAGCUGGUGGCCCUGGACGGGCACCUCUACGCCAUCGGAGGCGAGUGUCUGAACACCGUGGAGCGUUACGACCCUCGCCAGGACCGCUGGGCCUUCGCGCCCCCGCUGCCUGGUGACACGUUCGCCCUGGCGCACACGGCCACCGCGUGUGCGGGUGAGAUCUUCGUCACCGGCGGCACCCUGCGCUACCAGCUGCUCCGCUUCUCUGCCCGGGAGCAGCGCUGGCGGUCCGGCCCCACGGGGGGCAGCAAGGACCGCACGGCCGAGAUGGUGGCGGUCGAUGGCUUUCUGUACCGCUUCGACCUGCACCGCAGCCUGGGCAUCAGCGUGUACCGCUGCAGCGCCAGCACCCGGCUCUGGUACGAGGUCGCCUCCCACCGCACACCCCACCCGGAGGCCUUCCAGUGCGCCGUGGUGGACAGCCGCGUCUACUGCGUGGGGCGCGGGCGCACGCUCUGCUUCCUGGCCGACCACCUCUCGCCCAGGUUCUCGCCCAAGGAGCCGCGGGGCUUCCCGUCCCCGAGGGGCACCCUCCUGCCCACCGUCCUGACCCUGCCUGCCCCGGGUACGCCUCAGACUAGGGUCUAGCAGCCCCCGCCCGUGAAGCCCCACCCCUGCCCUGGCUCUGGGGCCAUUUCUGGGGACCCAGGAAUUUGACCACGGAAAGGGACAUAUCAGUCCUGCGUCCUGCGCUGGCAUGGGGCUUCCUGUUCUGAGGCCAGACGCCAGGUUCGUCUGGAUGGCCUGCACUGUGCUUGGAAUCCAGAUCCCCGGGGCCUGUGCCAGGACCCCGCCAAAGCUCAGGGCACAACCUUAUCCCAACCACAGUUCCAGAAGCCCGGUGACCCAGGGGCCUCUCAAGCUGUCCCUCUGGGACAGGCUGGCUCUGAGGCUCCAGCAGUUCCCCUCCCUAAAUGUGGGUCGCUGGGCUCCGCCUCCACGUUCCCAGAAGCACCCAGGCCAUGGGUGGCAAGAAGGGAGGGAGCUGGUUCAGGCAGAACCAGAAAGAAACCCAGGGGCCCCGGGUCCAGCCGGGAGAGACGCCGGUCAGUAGAACAGCCGAAGGAGGACUUGAGGACUCGGGUUUGCAGAGUAAACGUCCCAAAGUCCACUUUACUUUUUCUUGUUGCCUGGAAAUCUAUGAAUCAGAAGGAAGAGGACCGUCCACUUUGACGACACCUUCCUACAGAGGCCUGCCAGGAGCACCGUGGGGUUCAGACGAGGUCUCGGGGGAGGGAGGAACAGAGGUGAUCGGGUCGGGCCGCCUCCCUCCGGGGCCUCCUCAGGCCCAAGCCCCUUGUCCACAGUGCUGGCUGCCCAGGUCUCCAGGUCCUGCCCAGGGUCCGUCCGCCUGUCUGGAAGCUGGGUAGUCCAUACCUCAGGGAUGUGAGCGGUGACAAGAGAAUUGGCUCGCCCUGCGCCUUGUGGUCACCUGCUUGGCCUCAACAGAUGGGAGGGGACGGUAGGAGGCAGAGGCACACAGGAUUCUGGUGGAGCCUCCAGAGACGGGGUGUCCUCUGUAUCGACUUCUGUGGGUUCUGAAGUGGAGCGGCCCCAGAGCCCGGAAGGUGCCACCACAGCCCUCAUUCCGUCCCCGAGGGCAGCACGGGCACGCCCAGGGAGCAGUGAUGCUCACGGUCACGGCCGGAGCCGGGAGAGCUGAGGUUGGGCCGGGCAGAGGUGAGACCCACACUGGACACGGACCGCAACUCCACCGUGGUCCCACGCUGACCGCACUCAUCACUCCCGGCGUCUUUUCCCGACAAGUCCUUAUCACGGCCCCAGAGCUGUUUCAACCUAGUGUCGCAGCAGAGGGACCAGCCGACCGGAGCUGGCGUGCUGGUCUGGAGCUGGGUUUAGGGACAGAAGAGGUCAGGGGGUCACGGGGAGCAAGGAAGCUCAGGCGACCUGGAAGGCGACCUGGGGCCGUGGCGGUCAGGACUCGGUUGGCUGGUGGAACACAGGGUCGCCUGGGGCCGGGUGCACCGCGGGACUGGUUCCGGCCCUGGUGGAGCUCACGCCGUGGUGGAGAAAAGCCGGCAACUGGACAAAGAAAGCAAAGAAACAGGCCAAGAGGAGCCGGGCUCGUAGGUGCUGAGGGAGAGGCGGGCAGGGGCGCAGCGGGCCAGGUGUGGGGGACGGGGCUACUCUUUCAAACAGGGUGAUCAGGUGCCUUUGGGGGUGACAUCAGAGCUGGGUAAAUCUGGGAGACGUUGGGACCAGGAAUGGGAAAUCCGGCUUUGCCACUAGCAGGGCUUUGCCACGGGCAGGGAUUUGCCCCGCCAGCUGGGGAGGAAGGGCUGCUUUGGAGGAGUGUCACCUUGGUGCAGAGGAACAGGACCCAGCUGUUCCGGUUUAGCUGUUGGUGGAAGGGGAAGAAUUCCAUUACACCAACGUUCACAAAGCAAACUCCGGGCACAUCCAGGGGUGAGAGCCAGCAGGACUGUCCCCGACGUCACACCCACGAAUCAGGUCCCAGCCUGCUGAGGUCUGUCCUUGGGACCAGACUCUGGGAUUUUUACCUGACCUGGCUUAAUAUCCAGGGCCUGUUGACCUCCUGCUGGUAGCCUGGGGGUGGCCUCUGUGUCACCUGGCUCUCCACGGCUCAUCUAUUGCUUGUCCAAUGACAGCUUUUUAUUUUUUGAGGAAAAAAAAAAUAAUUAAAUUUGGGUUGCCUUCCACUUUAAGUCAGUCAUACUCAUUAGAGGAUAAAAAAAAAAAAAAAGGAAAAUAGAGGAAAGUGAAUACAAAAACA